ACUAGAAAGACAGAUCAAGUUUGACAGAAAGGCCAAACAGGAGAUGGAGGGUGCAAGAGAAAAAGAAGCACUGAAAAGGGAAUUUGAGGAGAUGCAGAGACGAGAGAAGGAGAGGGAGAGACAGAGAGAACUGGAAAGAGAGAGUGAGGCCGCGAGACAAAAAGAGGAUCUUCGGAGGGAAUUUGAAGGACUUGAAGAGAAGGUGAGACAAAGAGACAUUGAACGACAACAAGAACAAGAGAGACAAGCGGAGGAGGAAAAGAGACAGAAAGAACUAGAAAGAGAGAGGGAGGACGCAAGACAAAAAGAGGAAAUUCAGAAAGAACUAGUAAGACAGAACAAGAUUGGCAGAAAGGCCAAACAGGAGAUGGAGGAUGCAAAAGAAAAAGAAGCACUGAAAAGGGAAGUUGAAAGACUUGAACAGAUAGAGAGACUGAAAGAGACUAAAAGACAGCAAGAACAGGAGAGACGAGAGAGGAAGAUGAAGAGACAAAGAGAAUUAGAAAGAGAGAGGGUGGUCGCAAGACAAAAAGAGGAUCUUCGGAAGGAAAUUGAAAGAUUCGAAGAGAAUGCAAGGAAAAGAGAGAGGGAAAGUCAAAAAGAUAAAAUUAGACUUGAAAAGGAGGAAGAGAGACAUAAACAGAUGGACAAAACGAGCGAGGAGACAAGAGAAACAGAAGCACUGCAGAGGUACGUUGAAAGACAGAGAGAGACAGAAAGAGAUUACAGACAGGAGAGACAAGAGGAAGAAGAAAGACAGAAAGAGAUGGAGGCAACAAAACACAAAGAAGAGCAUCAGAGGGACAUUGAGAGAUUUGACGGGCUUGUAAAACAUCGAGAGAUUGAAAUGAAGGGAGAACAACUGACAGGGGAGAGGAAAGAGAAGGGACAAAAAGAAAUGGAGAGCGCAGAGGAGGCCAGACAAGAAGAGGACAUGCAAAGGAAAGUUAAGAGACUGAAAGAGAAUGAGAGAGAGCAAGAACAGGAGAGACAGGAGGAGGAAUGGAGACAGAAAGAACUAGAGAGAGAGAGGGAGGAGGAGAGACACAAAGCAAACAUGCAGAGGGAACUUGACAAAAAGGGAGAAAAUCAAGAAGAGCAGCAGACUGAAGCAGAGGACCACAGACUUGCCAUGAAGACAGAGCAACAACAAGUGGUCACUGAGGAAAAAAGGGGUGAGGUUGGAGAAAUGGAUCAAAUGGAGCAAGACAGUGAGCAGGAAAGGAAAAGGCUCGAGACGGAAAGCCAAGAGGAGGGAAGAAAAAGAGAGAUGGAAAUAAAAAUGGAGGAGAGGAGGCAAAGAGAAGAGCAUAGAAAAGCCAUGGAGCUGAGAUGGAGACAAAAAGGAGACAGGAGAUGGAAAGAGAAAGAAUUGAAGAGACAGAAAGAGCUUGAGAAAAAGUCAGAGGAAGAGGUCAAACAACAUGAGGAGAAAGGAGACAAGGAGAAAGAGUGGAUGGAGGCGGAAAUGGAGAGACUAAAAGAGAGGGACAAAACCCAGUUGGCCAGGUUAUAUGACAUGAGAGAAAAAGCUGCAGAUAACUUUUGGCUCCAAACAACAUUGGACAAGCAAAUAGAGUUGGUUAAAGAUAGGGAGAGAAUUAUGAGAGAGGAUGCAAAAAUGAAAGAAUCAGAGAAGAGAUGGGAGGAGGAGGAAAGACAACGGCAGGAAUGCGGACAAGAGUCCGAUGAGGCAAGACGACAGUGGCAGGAGAAGCAUAGACUAGCAGUCAUGAGGAGAAAGGAGAAAGAGAAUAGGAGAGCCAUCGAGGAAAGGAGUCAGUACAGGAGAGAAGAGGAGCAAAGAAUAAAAGAGAUGGAACUAGAAAUGAAAAGGCAAGAGAAACUCAAGGAGGAGAAAAUAGCAGAUACCAAGGAGGAUUGCACAGUCGUAAAGAAGGACGAUGCAGAAAUGAAACGCAAAAGCAGAGAGAAGGUUAAGAAUGCGUGGGGGCCAGAGAAGGAAGUGACAGAGAAGGAAGUGUCAGAGAAGGAAGUGACAGAAAAGGAAGUGACAGAGAAGGAAGGGUCAGAGAAGGAAGUGACAGAGACUGAAGAGUCAGAUAAGGAAGAGUCAGAGACGGAUGAGUCAGAUAAGGCACAGUCAGAGACAAACAAGGAGAAGAAACGUGGUUUCUGGAGACAGUUCUGGCAGAAAGUAAAACCAAAAAAGAAGGCAACAAAAGAGGAGAAAAAAAGAGCCAGACUGGCUGAGAUUGAAGCAUAUGUGGAGAAACUGAACAAAGAGGCCGACCGUAACAUAAAGGCCUUUGAGGAUACGUAGUCUACACCUUCAGUUGGGGCCUCAGAUCAGACAUGGCGGCCGCCUGGAGGGAAAUCAAUCAUCUCCACUACAUCUACAGGCUUUUCCUCAAACAUGAACCUUAUCAACCUUGAACCAAUGAACCUUAAUAAAGUUGACAUAUUGACCACAUGCUUCUACAGUGCAAUGUUGAUUCAAAUAAAGAUUUUAAUUGAUGCAUGGCAACAUCAACAAACAACAUCAUCAACCGUUAACCUAAGCAAACCAACACUUCCUUCUUCAGGUACCAUGAACUACCAUGUGAUGACACAGAAGGGGUUGGGGGUAGCUCAGUGCAAGACAGCCUGGAAGAAACCAUGCUAACCACAUUGUGGAUGAUCACCCUCUCCCUGAAUGUGCUGCUUUGGAUUUAAAGCUGUGAAAUGUUAGAUUGUGUGUAUGUAAUGAGGAGAUGGGUUGAACACUGAGUCAGCAGGGGGAGACAGACCUCAACUUUUGAAGAUUGAGGAUGUUGGUACUGAGGUGACAGUUGUGAUGUCACUCUGGUAGCCCCGCCCUCAUCCUCUUCAUGUACAGGACCAUGCUGACUGCCAGCAGGUCAUCAGGUCGUCACACAACUGAAGACUGUUCACCAUGAUUCUAGCCUUCAUCCUCUGCUCUCUCUGUCUGCCCUGCAUCAAGGGUGAGCAGAACAACAUUUCAGAGAGAAAAACUAAGUCAU